AUGGAAAAGGUGAACGAGACGGAUGUGGCUGCUGUUACUUUGCCGGACAUUCCGAAUCCCUUCACGCCUAUGGCAUUCUUGCCUCCGGAUGUUGCACUCCAGGUGACGAUUGCUACGUACAUUCUUGUGGGCGCCGCCUCUGUCCUUCUUUGGGACAUUCUCAGCCACCUCGUCGAUGACUAUCGCCUUCUCACUCGUUUCAAAAUUGGCCUUCCAACAAUCACGUAUUUUAUUUCUCGAUUUGCCGCCCUCACUUCCCUUGCUGGUUAUGUGGUUAUAAAUACUACCCCAAUCGGCGGUGAAAAUUGCAGCUUGGUCAAUACAAUCGUCAGCUCCUUUGUCCCAGUGGCAAUCCCCGGAACGUCACUUCUCCUCUUCUUCCACGUGUGUGCAGUUUACAAUAAGAACAGGUACAUCAUCGCGUUCUUCAGCUUCAUGUGGAUCGCGGUCAUCGGGGGUUCCGCCACUGCCGUUAUUGGAGGAUCCUAUCACAAACUCGGACUGACGGACUACUGCAUCAACGACACUCUCCCCAGCUACGCCUCAGCAGCGGCUAUCAUCCCAACAGCAAAUGAUUUCUGCAUUUACAUCGCAAUAGUGUGGCGCAUGUUGCAGAGCUCAUAUACAGACAAUACGGUGAAGAACAGGGUGCGAAUGAUGGUAUUCGGGGAUUAUCUCCCCAGAUUAUCCAAGGCUCUUCUACAUAAUGGCCAGGCGUACUUCAUGAGCACCGUUGGCAUUAAUCUGCUGACAGUAACAAUGUGGUAUAUCGACUCGGUUCCACUCCCCUAUCGUGCAAUGUUCGGGAUGCCGAACAUCGGUAUGAUGAAUAUCAUGGCGUGCCGUCUGUUCCGAAACAUGAAGUUUGGUCGAUUUGCCCCUGUUUCGUCGACACUGCCGACCAAAAUGGAUAAAACUUCCAAGAAUAGCAAGCCAAGCGAAUCCGUGCAGAAUCCCUCGGCGGCCGGCUCCAACACGGCAGCGACGGACAUCGACGCCUUUUACCCUAGCUCUCGAAGGACUAGCACUGAGGCGGAAUGCGGGGAGCGUGGUCAACAGGUCCCUCCAACGGCCUAUGGAGCAUAUUUAGAUCAAUCUUCGAUGGCUUGA